GAAUGAAUUGAAGUUAAGAAAUUUGUAACCAAGAUGAAGAACAAGUAAAUAUUAGCUGUCUUUCCCAUUUAAGGAGAUUCCGGCGGUGGUUGAUGGCUGGGAGUCAGAUUCCGGCGGCUGUUGGUGGAUGUGGGUCAGCUCUUCAUCGCAAUCGUCUUCGGUUCCGUUGGCAAGGAGGAAUGUAUUCAUCCCUGUACAUUGCACUGCCAAUCAACAACUGCAGGAAGAUGUAGGAAUUAUGUGUGAACCAUGCAGUGGGAAAGGAUGGUUGCUCUGUGAUUUCUGCAAUGGGCAGAAGACCAAUGUAAAAGCACAAAAUAACCGAGUCUACCGCCGCUGUCCAACUUGCAGAGCUGUUGGAGUUGUUCUAUGUUCGAAGUGCAAAGUUUUCAAAUGUGUUACCUUUCCAGACUUCAGUGACGGAGAUGAGGUCUGAUCAUCUUAUUUAACCAAAUAUAUGUGUUUCUUGUUGUUUUUCAUUCUUUCUUCUUUUGUUUAUAUGUAUACUGCUGAAAAAUGUAAUUUUCUGGAGGAAUCAAACAGGCGUAAUUGUGCUUUUAUUCAAAUAGCUCUUUAUUUGCCGUU